AACUGCACGUGAUAUAGUUCUUAUUCGUUUCUCAGCUUUCGCAUUUUUCUGUGCGGUCCGUGUUAAAACUUCUGCAUUGUGUGUAGCUCUUCAGGUUACAGUGUAACUGCCUUUUCCAGACCCCUGCAUGGCUGGGGACCUGGCGCGUUGUUGCAGAUGUUGUGCACACUCCAGCUUUACGUGGUUAAAUAUGGUGGGGAAAACGUAUGAGAAGCUCAUUUUGUUUUCCUUCCUCAGAAACCACAUGUCCUUCCUUUUUAAAAUUGAGUGGGUAAUUCCAGAAUUGAUUGGCCAUACCAUUGUUGCUGUAUUAAUGCUUAUUUCAUUGCACUGGUUCAUCUUCCUUCUCAACCUACCUGUUGCCACUUGGAAUAUAUAUCGUUUCAUUAUGGUGCCAAGUGGUAACAUGGGAGUGUUUGAUCCAACAGAAAUACACAAUCGAGGGCAACUGAAGUCACACAUGAAAGAAGCUAUGAUCAAGCUUGGUUUCCACUUGCUAUGUUUUUUUAUGUAUCUUUAUAGUAUGAUUUUAGCUUUGAUAAAUGACUGAAGUUGGAGAAGCCGUGGUUGAAGUCAACAGUGCACUGCUGAGGAGCCAGAGAUCAUCCUUAGAACCAUGACCAUAGCAGUAUAUAUUUUCAUCUUUGAACAAAAACUAUUUUUGCUGUAUUUUUACCAUAUAAAGUAUUUAAAAAACAUGAAUUGAGUUUUUGUAGAUUUCUGGUUCUCAACUUUAGCCUGAACCCUAAUACAUGGAGGUGUUUUUCAUCAUAUGUAUGUUGAAGAUGGUUAAAUGUAUGUAGACGAAACUGCCAUUCCAGCCUUGCAUGCCAAAGAAAUAAAAGACACACCCUACAGGGAAACCUUACUAGUGAGCAAACCUGCCUUUCAAGGCUACUGAAAAGUGAGAGUGUAAAAUAGCACUGUUAAUCUGAAGAAAGAAGCAAGUUAAUUACCCUUUUUUCCUAUAUUGUGGCAGCUUCCUAUGGCUUAAAGAUUUAUGGUACUGUCAGCUAGAAGUGUUUUCACAAGAGUGUUAACAGAGCAUGACAUUUCAAAAUAUAUAUUUUCUUGCAGAAUUUGUGAAAUCUUAUAAGCCAUUUGCCCAGGUACAGUGUAAUUCCUACUCAUAGACAGGAAAAAUAAAUUUAAAAAUAGGAUUUUAUCAAGAGCUUUAUAUAAAAGCCACUGCCUCCAUAAUCACCCCAAACCCGGUUGGUUUUGUAUUGUGAUUGUGCCAGUUGUAUUUGAUCUCUCUGAUAUAUAUUAUAGUGAGUUUGGAGAGGUGAUUUGGUAGACGAUCAGAUUAGAAGCAGGCAUAUCAAUCAGUCAUUGGGCCUGUUACUGUUCUGUAUGGUGCUGGAUUAAUUAUAAUUGUCUGUCCUGCACUGACUGCUUUGUGAAUUGGGGGACCUGAUAUAAGACCUUUCAUGGAUAUAUCAAUCAAUCAAUAUCCAACCCAACUCAGUUCCUUGGAACUAGCUGUAUUUAUAAACUUGCUGUUGAUGGGAGCAGUGAACCUCAGCUCUGCUUGCCAACUCCUGGGCAGUGUAAAGUGAACCUGGCAGUCUAUCCUCAGUGCUAGUUGGUGCUUUAAUGUUGCUAUCUUAAGCACUGGCUAGGUAAAACAUGACUGUUUCAUGGCAGAGUCCAAGUGGAUUAUUCAUUCUAGUCAUUCUAGUGUGAUAGAAUUGGCUGAGUAAGCAAGGUAUAUGGUCCCCAAAAGAUUAAAUGUUUUAUAUGUCCUUUGGGCCCUGGAUUAGUUCUGGUCUUGGCAGAUGCAACAGAACCGCUAAGCUCAAUUCCUUGUACAGAUAGACUACAUUUCAAGAAUGGGAGUAGUACCCUGGUGACACAUGGAAGGAAGAGUGAAAUGGUAGGCAAAGUAAACUUGGUUCUGUUGGCCUCUUUGGGGUCACAGAACUUGCUCCUUGUAGUAAUCUUGUAUCUCUGCCAUGCAAAAGGCUAACAAGCUGUAACACAGAAGCUAUUUUGCUUUCAUCUAUUUUUCUUACCUUUUCUGAGGCACCUCUGUUUGCCCAUUCAUUGUCUACCCACCCCCCCUCCCAGGGCCUCUGAAUGUUCUGUUCAAACUUUUAAAGCAAUGAAACCGUUGGAGAACUUCAGACUUUAGAACCGAGAGACAAACAACUACUUAAAGAAGCUCAAAGGUGGUGGUGGAGGUCUUUGACUAAAAUGUUUUAUCUUUUUAUUCAAGUUUUCUUAACAACCAAAAUGGAAACCCAUGUAAUUGCAAGAGCCUUUGAUCUGUUUACAUAUUGUCAGGCUUAAGUUGGUGAGGCUGAGCAAAUCAGAAAGGUGCCUUGUUUAUAACAAAGGGCAGGAGCUCUUCUGAAGCAUUAAAAUGUGGUUUAAAAAAAAACUUUCUUUGCUUGUAUUGCCUGUUUGUAUCAAAGCCAGGACAGUGGAGGGGUGUCGCUCAAGGUUUUUCUUUUUAUUUUAGGGGCUCUUCCUCAAAUGAAGAAAAGGAGGAAGAGGCACUGAAUUUUAAAAACUUUGUGGUAAAGAUGCCAAAAGGUUAAUUGUCUAUGCUUUUUAUUAACAGGAGAGUUGCAUGGGACCUUAAAGACUCCCUCAUCUUAAAAGUAGAGAAUUGAAGCCUAGAGAUUGCCUGAGGUUUUAGAACUAAGCUUUUUGGAAUCCUGAUGUUUAUUUAGUCCAGUAUUCUUUGUCCAUUGCCACUCUUCUUUCCUGUUCUACUAUGAAGAAGUGCCCAGGGCCUAGCCAGUCCAACUGUGUGCAUAUUUUAAAUCUAUGUGUAUGCCAUUUUCCCUUGCUAUUUUCCUUCCUUUCAUUGCUAGGAGGGGCCCUUGCUAAUCAUUGGAACAUAAGCUGAGAGUGCUGAGGAAGCAAGAUCCAAGGUGCAACUUAGUUUAUCAAUUCCUAGCAGGCCCUCUCAGUUGCAUUUUCAGGUUGCCAUACAGAUGAGAAUUGAGUAAGAGUCCAAAUAUGUUUCACCUGGCCUGUUCUUACCUUUAAGUUGAGAGCUAAGAAAGCUUCCUUUAGUACUUUAUCUUCUGUGGCACUUACCACUUUCUAACUGGUAUAUAGUUAUUUGUAUGUAGUUAAUCUCUCAUACUAGAUUGUACGCUCCUGGAGGGCAGAGUACACUCAUUCGUGUUUGUGUCUUCCUUCUGCUCCUGGCACCUAACACAGUGCCUUCCCCUCAGAAACAAUAAAUGUUGAACAAGUAAA